UAAGAGGGUCUGUCAAAUUUCAAUCAGAAUUGCGCUGGCUAGUUAAGAAAGUAGGUAGAAUUUAGCAAACUGUACACAUGCGUUUCGUGAAGGUUAAUUCUUGAGAUUUCUUAUUUUGCUUUGUCUUAUUACUUUUAUUUAACGUGAACGUCCGCACGUGAUUAUUAAGCAACAACGCCGUACUUUGUAUGUAGCUACCUCAUGUUGAAAGUUUCGGCAUACGUGAUUACAUGAUAUGGUUUUAAUCAACAAUGUUGUAUUCAUCCAACAUUUUCAAGAGUGUCCUGUUGGUGUCACGCUCUAUUUGGAGCACAGGCUGUGUGCGGUGUCAGAAGCGAAAUAUUGCUGUGAAGACAGGAGAAUGGAGAAAGAGAAAGGUACCCCCAAGAUACCUGGGCCAGCCGAGCCCCUACACCCACCCGCACCUUCUCAAACAUGGUGAGGUGACGCCAGGCCUGACACAAACCGAGUACGAGCUUCGUCGGCACAAGCUGGCCUCUCUCAUCGCGGCACAGGCGGCCAGACUGGACCCUACCUCCCCCAAAAACGGCACCCUCUCCUCCCACAUCGCCGUAAUCCUCUCGCACCCUACACGCUACAUGACCAACGACAUCCCCUACCCCUUCCACCAAAACCAGGACUUUCUCUACCUCACUGGUAUUCUGGAGCCAGACUGCGCGCUGGUUCUGUGCUGUCUGCCCCGACCCGAGAAGGCCAUCCUCUUUGUGCCCCGCAGAGACCCAGCCCGCGAGCUGUGGGACGGGCCCAGGUCAGGAAGGGACGGGGCGUCUGCCCUGACUGGUGUGGAGAGGGUUCAUAGCACCGAGGAGCUCGGCCUUGUACUCAAGACCUUGAAAGGCAGUACAGUGUGGUAUGACGGGUCUCCGUCUUGCCAUCCACAGCUGCACCAGGCCCACAUGCGCCCUCUGCUGGAAGGAGGCCCAAUGGUGCGGCCCCUCCGGCCUCUCAUACACUCUCUGAGAGCCAUAAAGAGCCAUGGGGAAGUGGCACUGAUGAGGGAGGCGGGGCGUAUCACUGCACAGGCGUUUAAGAGGACUAUGUCCAUGUCUCGAGGAGAUGUGGAUGAAGCACUGCUGUAUGCAAAGUUUGAUUUUGAGUGUCGCGCCCAUGGUGCCAACUUCCUGGCUUAUCCCCCCGUCGUUGCUGGUGGCAACCGCGCGAACACACUGCAUUACAUCAGCAACAACCAGAUUGUGAAGAAUGGGGAAAUGGUUCUGUUGGAUGGUGGAUGUGAAUAUUUUGGCUAUGUCAGUGAUGUCACCCGUACCUGGCCAGUGAAUGGCAAGUUUUCCCCGGCCCAGGCGGAGCUGUACGAGGCGGUGCUGGAGGUGCAGAAGGCCUGCCUGUCCCUCUGCAGCCCCGGGGUCAGCCUGGACCACAUCUACAGCAGCAUGCUGGCGCUGCUGGGGGGCAAGCUCCGGGACCUGGGAGUCAUCCCCCACACGGCCAGCGAUGCAGACGCAGGAAAGGCCGCGCGCAGGUACUGUCCACACCAUGUGGGACAUUACCUGGGUAUGGACGUCCACGACACCCCCGAGCUGUCCCGCUCUCAGCCACUGCAGCCUGGCAUGGCCAUCACCAUUGAGCCUGGGCUGUACAUUUCUGAGAAUGACGAUGGGUGUCCAGAACGAUUCCGGGGACUUGGGGUGAGGAUCGAGGAUGACGUGGUGAUCCGAGAAGAAGGGGGGCCCUUGAUCCUGUCCGCGGACACCCCAAAAACCAUCCCUGACAUCGAGAGCAUCUGUGCGCAAGACUGAAAGAGAAUGGAGAGCCAGCGGCAGAAUCAAUCUGCGCCCCUUAAACAAGCACAACAAAAAGGAAUGGAGGGGAGAUGGACAUUGCAAAACCCUCUCUACAUUCUGAGAAAGAGGGAGGUCCAGGUACGAGCAGGCGCUCUUAGCAGCCAGCGUGAGCCAGAACUCCAGAACUGUAACUGUGAAUGGACUGUUUUUAUUUGUGCUUGUAGAACGUCAGAAAUGUCUUCAUUGUCCCGACGAUGAAAAGAAUAUAGGACCUCUUUUGCUAUUCUCUGACUAAAAAAAUACAAAAUAAAAAUCUCUGGAAGUUUCGUCUGAAA